CGGCCGCUCGCUGCCCCGCCGCCGCUCUCGGGUUACGGCCGGGUCUCGCGCGCCGUCUUCUUGUGAGGGGCCUCGCGCCGUUCGGCGCACGCCGCCCCCCUGCCUCGCGGCGCGGGGUCUCGCGGGCCCCGCUCCCGCCCUCCGCUUGCCUGGCCCGGACCGGAAGCGGCGCCGCACGGCCUGGGCCUGGCGCGGGGGGCGGGCACCGGGGCCCGGUCGGAUAUGGGCAAGAAGCACAAGAAGCACAAGUCGGACAAACACCUCUACGAGGAGUAUGUAGAGAAGCCCUUGAAGCUGGUCCUCAAAGUGGGAGGGAACGAAGUCACCGAGCUCUCCACGGGCAGCUCGGGGCACGACUCAAGCCUCUUCGAAGACAAAAACGAUCAUGACAAACACAAGGACAGAAAGCGGAAAAAGCGAAAGAAAGGAGAGAAGCAGGUUCCAGGGGAAGAAAAGGGGAGAAAACGGAGACGAGUAAAGCGAGACGCUAAAACGCCUGUAAAAUCUGUCUUGUUUUGA